AUGCCCAAUCUCAUCGUCACAGUCGUAACUGGAAACAAUUUGGAAGGUAAAAACUUUGGACGGGCUUCGGAUCCUUUUGUCACGAUCCUUGUAGGACCACAGUCGCAAAAAACCACAACCAAAGUUGGCACUAUUUACCCGAAAUGGCACGAAACUUUUGCAUUCGGAUUUGUGGAGCCACAGUUCGAUUCCAUCUAUUUUGAAGUAUUCGAUUAUGAAGCCAAUUAUAAACACAAACCAAUGGGUAAUACUUUUCCGAUCGGUGCUCUUAAUGAAACUUUGUAUUACCGAACACCUCAACAAUUUAUUUUGCCGUUACAAAACGCAAAGAAAGGAGAACUUAUUGUGAAUAUUUUAGCUUUGGAUUUUGGAUUGGGGGCACCUGUCAUUCCAAGAGUUCGAAUUCCCACUUUGAUGGUGCAUGUGAUUGCUGGUGAAAAGAUGGUCAUACAAAAUGGAAAUACUCCAGACCCCUUUAUCAUCAUUAACGUCGGCCCUCAAGAACAACGAACCACUUACAAAACUUCUAUCCAAUAUCCCAAAUGGUUUGAAAAAUUUACCUUUAGUCAUGUGUUGCCUGAAUCCGAAUAUAUUAUCUUUAAUGUACAUGAUUAUGAAGUGAAUGAUCAACACAAGUCCCUGGGAGCCACGAAUCCAAUUCCUCUCAGCUCAUUAAUCAAUCGAGUGCCUCAGCAAUUUUCACUUCCCAUUCCCAACUCUAAAAGCGGAGCAAGUUUGCAAGUGGAGUUGUUGGGGUUGGAUUUUUGA